AUGCUUCCUUCACAAACCCUACGUCGGGCAAUAUCAACUCCAGAUACCCAAACUGCUUUUAAGAAUGGUCAGCCAACACCAUGGUCUUCACGAUCGCCAUCUCUUACACCCGCACCGACUAAAAAAUCGUAUUCGUCGUCCUAUGCUAUACCAAAACAGGACGCCAAAGUUGGUCCUAGUGAUUUCUCCAAAAUUCGUCUUCUUGGCAAAGGAGAUGUAGGAAAAGUCUACCUGGUAAAGCAGACAACAUCUGGUCAGCUUUAUGCUCUGAAAGUGUUAUCGAAGAAAGAAAUGAUUCGACGUAACAAAAUCAAACGAGCCCUGGCUGAACAGGCUAUUCUUUCAACUGCAAAUCAUCCAUUCAUUGUGCCGUUAUAUCAUUCUUUUCAAAGCAAGGACCAUCUGUACUUUUGUCUAGAAUUCUGUGUAGGAGGAGAGUUCUUUCGAGCCCUUCAGCAGCGCCCAGGCCGCGUACUGAAAGAACAUGAAGCUCGAUUUUACGCGGCUGAAGUGAUCGCCGCUUUGGAAUACCUGCAUCUAAUGGGGAUCGUUUUCCGUGACCUUAAACCAGAGAACAUCUUGCUUCAUGAAUCAGGGCAUCUUAUGUUGUCUGAUUUUGAUCUAUCAAUUCAAUCUCCUGCAGCCGCACCACCCACCAUCGUGCGAGCAAUUUCUCCGUUUUCGCAGCAGCAUUUGCUGGACACUCGCUCCUGCACCAAUCUCCGUACCAAUUCCUUUGUUGGCACUGAAGAAUAUCUUGCUCCGGAAGUGAUUCGUGGGCAUGGGCAUACAAGUACUGUCGACUGGUGGACCCUUGGUAUUCUCAUAUUCGAGAUGCUGUAUGGGUACACUCCGUUCAAAGGCAAUACGCGAAACGAUACAUUCGAAUUGAUACUUCAUCAAAAUCUACAGUUUCCAGAUUUUUCGAUGAAUCCAUAUUAUAGUGGGCCUGAAAUUACGACCCGAUGCAAAUCUGUCAUGCGAAAACUACUGCAUAAAAAUGAGAAGAAACGGUUAGGAGCUCGUGCAGGCGCGAGCGAAGUGAAGUCUCACCCGUUUUUCCGAUCUGUCAAUUUCGCAUUGCUAAGGCAUAUGCGACCGCCCAUCAUUCCCACGCGUGGCAAAGCCAUCGAUGCCAUUCAUUUCAAGGAUAUGAAAGAGAGCGUCAGCCUUGAUCUUCAGAAUGCGAUACCGUCUCCUCCAGUCACUGACGAUGAUGACGAUGGAAAGCUGGAAAAUCAAAAGGAUGAUCCGUUUUCAAAGUUUGAUUCUGGUACGUGA